AUGUCGCAGAAAGCUCAAAGAGAAAAGGAGAACGACUUUUUGAGGUCUUCACUCCGGCAGUCGAAAAAAUUGCAAGCUUUAGCUGCAACUAAAGAGAAAACAGUGUGUAUAGAUAUGCCUGAUUUGAACUCAGAUGGAAAAUCUGGUGCUAAAACUAUAAAUGGUUAUGAGAAUCAAUGUUACGAUCAAGGAGACACGACGAUUAGUGAAAAGCUGGAAAGUAAUAAUAAUCAAGCUAUACCUUUACAACAAGUCAUCGUGUCUGUGGAUCGGAUAACGGAUCAUCUUUCAAAGAUGGAAGGGCGAGAGGAGGAGUCAAAAAUUUUGCAUGAAUACUUCCAUUCAAAGCCUGUGCAAGAAGCUAUCGAAGCUGUUGCAGUUCAUCGGAAGGGGAACGAGGAGAGGAAGAAGGACGAAGCUACCCAUGUCCCAAAUGGCACCACUACUGCUGUGUCAGAUACCAAAUCCUCUGAGCCAAAUGUGCACGUGGUAUCCCUUUACAAGCGUGAGGACAGCUAUCUGAACCCUCAUGGAACUUCUUGA